CUGUUGGUCGCCUCAUCGUGUUGAUCUAUUUGCCUAACGUCCGCCUCCGUUCUCAGUCGCUUUGUUUUGAAUAGAUUAGCUUGUUUCCAGCUAACCGCAGUCGGAAUGGAGGGGGAUCCGGAGACCGGGAAUUCAUCCCGGACGGAGAGAAAAGCGUUGGAAAAAGCCAAAAUACUACAACGUGAAAGAGACAGAAAAGUUUUCCGACUGGUCGGACGGGUUCUAAAGAAGCCUGAAGCUGAGCGGUCGGAGGAAGAGGCCGCAGCGCUGCUGCUACACAGAGAGGCCGUGGAUGAGCUCUGCAGGAGGCAGAUCCGAAGAAAUGUCUUGAAGAGGAAGCAGGAGGAGGUGUUUGACAACGCUGAUGAAUUGAAGGGUAAAGUCAAGCAGCUGGCUGCGGCUGUCAAGCAAGCCAAUCACCUGGUGGUUUACACUGGAGCAGGAAUCAGCACGGCAGCCUCCAUCCCAGACUACAGAGGACCUAACGGGGUGUGGACGCAGCUGCAGAAGGGCCGCACCGUAAGCUCUUCAGACUUGAGCAAAGCUGCACCAACUGUCACACACAUGUGUAUCAGGAUGCUGCAUAAAGAGAAGCUUGUCAAACAUGUUGUUUCUCAGAACUGUGAUGGACUUCACCUGCGAAGCGGUCUGCCUAGACAAGCUCUGUCUGAGCUCCAUGGCAACAUGUUCAUCGAGGUGUGCACUUCCUGUUCUCCUGCCAGGGAGUUUGUCCGUUUAUUUGACGUGACGGAGCGGACGUCGCUGCACCGCCACGGGACAGGGCGCCUCUGCAGCCACUGUGGCAGUGAGCUGAGAGACACCAUAGUGCACUUUGGGGAACGUGGAACCCUGGAACAGCCUCUGAACUGGAAGGGAGCGGCGGAGGCUGCCAACGAGGCCGACGUCAUACUCUGCUUGGGCUCCAGUCUGAAGGUGCUAAAGAAAUAUGCUUGUUUGUGGUCCAUGAGUAGGCCUGCAAACCGAAGGCCCAAACUCUACAUUGUGAAUCUCCAGUGGACUCCAAAAGAUGAUCUGGCCGUGCUGAAAAUUCACGGCAAGUGCGACGAUGUCAUGAGGCUCCUCAUGGAGGAGCUGAACAUCCAGAUUCCUGAAUACGACAGAGCAGAGGACCCUAUUUUCAAACUAGCCACGCCUCUCCGCCCAGAAGAAGUCCAAAGCCAUAACCGUGAGGUCUUAGCUGCCCCCGGCGGCCAGGAAAGCCCCUUUGUCGAGAACCAGCAGCCGCCGGAGGAAACUUCGUCGCUGCAGGGCGGCUGGUUCGGUCGAGGCUACAACAAAGAAAUGAUCAAAAACGGACACCACGACACCAAGGAUCAGAGCGGAGAAGCCGGUUGCAGUAAGCCGGGUGCCUCCGCGUGUAGCCCGGAGAAAAGGAAGAGGGUGGUCCGGUUGUGGUGCGAUGGAUGCUACGACAUGGUGCACUAUGGUCACUCCAACCAGCUGCGGCAGGCUAAAUCGAUGGGAGAUUACCUCAUAGUUGGGGUUCACACAGAUGCGGAGAUUUCCAGACACAAAGGUCCUCCAGUUUUCACUCAGGAAGAACGCUACAAGAUGGUCCGCGCCAUCAAGUGGGUGGAUGAGAUAGUUGAGGGAGCGCCUUAUGUCACCACUCUGGAGACUUUGGACAAAUACAACUGUGACUUCUGUGUGCAUGGAGAUGACAUCACGCUAACGGUUGACGGUAAGGACACGUACGCAGAGGUUAAGCGUGCCGGGCGCUACAGAGAGUGUAAACGCACUCAGGGCGUCUCCACCACCGACCUGGUGGGACGAAUGCUGCUAAUGACCAAAGCCCACCACAGCAACAUGGAAAAUACAGAUUACCAGCAGCACACUGACAACUUUGGAAAGGGUGCUACAGUCCACAGUCCGUGGACGGGCGUCUCUCAGUUCCUGCAAACAUCCCAGAAGAUCAUCCAGUUUGCCUCAGGGAAGGAGCCGCAGCCUGGAGACGCCAUCAUUUAUGUGGCGGGAGCUUUUGAUCUUUUCCAAAUGGUUGACUUCCUGGAGAUGGUUUAUAAGCAAUCUAGUGAUGUGACUGUAAAAGCACUCACUGAGUCCUCCCACCAUCUUCAGGAAGUGAACCGCUACAAGGGGAAGAACUACCCGAUCAUGAACAUCCAUGAGAGGACUCUGAGCGUCCUCGCCUGUCGGUAUGUGUCAGAGGUGGUGAUUGGCGCUCCUUAUGCAGUGGGCAAGGACCUGCUGGAUCAUUUCAAGGUGGAUUUGGUUUGUCACGGCAAAACCGAGGUGUUUCCAGACAAGGACGGGGUCGACCCAUACGCUGAGCCGAGGAGGAGGGGGAUAUUCAGGACCAUCGACAGCGGGAACAGUCUCACCACUGAUGACAUCGUGCAGAGGAUCAUCGCAAACAGGCUGCAGUAUGAAGCCAGGAACCAGAAAAAGGAGGCUAAGGAGAUGGAGGUGUUCGAAGCGAUGAAGAGGAGAGAACACCAGGAGCGGGAGGCGCAGCAGGAUGAAGCUGUGGCACAUUAGCGCGCCUGGACAGUUUUUUAAUCUGGUUUAUGCAUCCAGGUACAACUCAGCUUUAAGAAGGAUGAUUCAGCAGGGCCAGCCUCUUUCAGGUCCUCUACACAAUCUCAGUUUUCAAAAAAAAUAAUAAAAAAUUAGCUGAAUUCUUUACUCCUCCAUUUCCUCCAAAGAAAACUUUACUUUUCUCUCUGUUAGGUUUAGUUUUUUCCCCAUUUGAGUCACACACUACACGUGAAAGAAUGUUGAGUUUGGGAUUUUAUUCAUAACUUAUGAACUGUUAACGUCAGUCUUUUAAGUGAAGGAGUUUUAGCACCAGUAAUGUUUAAUGCGCUGUAAUGUAUCACCGUUAAUUUGUAGCUAUAGUUUUGUUUUUGUCCUCACUGUAUUAAAAACCUCGUCAUAGUUUUGUAUAAUAACUUGUGAAAUAGUGUCAAUUUUUAUCUGUGGAGUUUAACCACCUGAAUUUGCACCAAGUGUGAAUGAAUGUGUGUCAGUGUGAGCCAGUGCAGACAGAAGAGAGGAAGUGAGUGUGAGAGGAACGUAGUGCCUGGAUCCUGAAGCUAUAAAUUAUUGUAAGGGCUGUUGGUUUAAACCAUUUCUGUCUCUGGAGCUGUUUGAUUUAAAUAAAUAACAUAUUUUCUUCUUUUUUUAUGAGACAA